CUGCUCCCUCCACUCGAGGAUCAGCUUCCCCUGCUUUGGCAGAAGCCUGCCUACAGCGUGCUUCUUGCGUCUCUCCAAAAGCUUCGUGUCAAGCCUCGAGUCUGGAGCCCGCUCGUUUCACGCGCGGGAAGUCCCGCAGAGGAGCAGGCCGCUGUAGCUUAUGACCGUCAAGAGAUCAUCCAGUUUUUGUCCGGUAUCAUCAAGAGCAGCCUGGAAUGGCUCGGCAGUGACGAGCAAGAAGUCAUAUGGGACGAGGCGAGCAAGCGCAUGUCGGAGCGGUGUGGCCGGACAGGUAUGUCUGCGCUGCAGGGCAAAGCCGCGGUUGUGUGGGCACCUCGAAAGAGCGAAGGGACUGACGCUGGCAGCAGCGAUGGGAGAGAUGACUCGGAUCUGGGACUUUGAGAGUCAGGACUAUGGCGCUUUCAGCCUGGAAAUACGAGAGCCGCCUUUGACUGGAGACUCCCUCGGCCACAAGACGUGGGGCUCGUCGUAUGCUCUCGCGCAACUCCUCCAUGACUUCGCCGCUGGACCCCUUGCGCACCUGUUCCUGCCCGGUGUGAUGUCGACGCCCGAAGAAGUUCUCGAAUUGGGAUCUGGCACGGGGCUUCUCGGACUGGCAGCCGCCUGUAUCUGGAGAACAAGCGUUGUCCUCACUGAUCUGCCCGGCAUCGUCCCCAACUUAACGCACAAUGCGAACAUCAAUCAGGAAGUCGUAGAAAGGCGAGGCGGCAGAGUGGAGGUCGCCCAAUUGACUUGGGGUGGCAAUGAGGACGAGACUGACCCCAGGUUCCAAACACUUCACCGCUAUCAGCUCAUUAUUGUGGCUGACCCACUGUACGAUGACGACCAUCCUGCGCUUCUGACGAGCGCUAUCGAUGAGCAGCUUGCUCUCAGUGAACAUGCACGUCUUCUUGUCAUGGUGCCGCAGAGAGAUAGUACCACCGAGCGUCUGCUCGGGACCUUGAAAGAUGAACUGGCAAGGCGACGUAGCCCACUAAUCUGCUUGGAGGAGAACGUCGUGGAAGGUCAGGACGACUGGGGCGACGAGCAUGGUGAUGGCGAGUCUGAAGCCGUCGGGUUCUGGUGGGGUAUAUUCCGGCGUUCACAACCGUCACACGCUUGAGCCAUUCUUCAGAUGACAUCCGCGUCGGAUCAGGAUAAUGAUCAUAAUGAUCAGCUCCGCACAUUGCAUAGACUUGCACAUAGAGGGACUUAGACUAGGACUAGACCCAGGCCAGAGGCAUUGAAUACUGGGUAGAGAGCGAAGCAUACGGGGGAACACGGAUGUUUGUUUUGGUUUUCC